AUGACCACAAAACAAAACUCCAUUAUCUCGGCCAACUCACGAACGAAAUUGGGCAAUUUCCGAUAUAUUCCACGUACAGAAAAAACCGAAAUGACUUCACCCAAGAAAUCAGCUAUCGAAGUUUCCGAUGCUACCUCCGCCAACGCAGACAAGGAAAAUCAGAAGUCUUGGAUGAAUGGGGUCGCAAGGCCACCCAAGUCACCCACCAAAAGCCAGACGUCAAUACCACUCAAGGAAUCAAAACAAUCAAAAGAAUGUCCUAAAACGCCUGCAAAUAGAAUACCACUGGCCGAUCUCAUCAGCAACGCCGAAGACGCCAUAAACCUUGUUCCGGAGAAGGAAAUGACUCCCGACGAUUAUAUAUCCUGGCAACCAGCACCUCCUCAGAGCUCAGGCGCAGCAAGCGGGACAAAGGGACGAGGCAAGAAGCGCCGGCACAGUUCGUCUCCUACUAGUUCGCCGGGGAAAAGUCUUAAAUCCGGCAAAGCCAAAGAGCCGUUCGAUUUGAAGACCUUCCAAGCCCUUCUAAAGACCCCACAGAGCGACAUAGCGACUGAUCUAUGGAACAACUACGUCGGAAAAAGCAAGCUAGAAGGAGCUCUAGACAUUCCAGCCAAAUUUGCCAAUUUAUCUUCUUCGCCUCGAACGCCUACUAUAUCAGAAAAAACAGGACGGGACUCUUCAGCGCUGCGGAGGUCUACUAGUUGCAAUGCUGACUGGCCAUCCUCCAAUGCAAAACGAAGAAGAGUUGAUGGUUAUCAGGGCACGCGUGCUGCCCGUGAUAUUUUCUCUCGGUCGAGAAGCAAUGUUCUCGAUUCUGGAAGCUCCAGAAAGAUGAGCUUUCUCUUGGAUAAAAUCCAAAACUCACUGGCCAAUUCAAAAGCAUUCACUAAGACUGCCCCGCCUUCUUCUCCGCCUACUCAGGAUGAUAGACGAGAACCAUCACCGUCACCUUCCAGAAGCAAGCCAAAUGGAAAAUUCGCCGCUGGUCAGCACAUUCCUGAGGUUGCUAUGGAACGCAAUAAUUCAGUCGAUCAACCACAGACCCGCCCUAAGGACAAGAUAUCAUCUUCCUCAUCUGAAUUCAGUGAUGAUGAAUUCGACGACGACAUAUUAGCUCUUGUUGAAUCAGCAACAGACCCGUUCACUGAUUCUAGCAAACCAAAUGAUAAGAUGUCCGAAACCCCCAUCAAUCGCAGCUCGUUCAACCUACAGCAAUCACCGUGCCCCGUUCAAAAUCCCAAUAAAGAAAGAGCCGCGACGUCGAAACUUCAAAAUCAAAGUGACGACGAAUUCGAUGACGAUGACGAUUUCGGAGAAGGCAUGGAGGAAUUACUUGCACAGUACGAUGAUAAAGGAUCACGUCAGAAUGGUACUAUUUCUUCAGACACAAAAGAAGUGAAGGCUCAGACAAGUGCAAUAUCAAAUGUAUCUCGGCUCGGUGAGAUCACAGGCGUCCAGUCAGACACGAAUAUAUCUCUGGACGAUGAAUUCGACGAUGAUGAGCUGGAUCUUGACGGCAUAGACCAGGAUGCAGUAAAUGUGGCGGAGCAUCAGGAUCAAAAACCCAGAGCUCAACAAGCCAUCAAACGCUAUCUCAUUAUACAAAUAGCACAGAGCCAGUAUGUAAAUCAGAAAGGCCGUGUCCAGUCAGAACAGGUACUCUCCGUCGAAGAUGAAAGAACUCGCUUUUCCAACGUGAUCACAUUACGCGAUAGUUGGUUCGACUCGCCAUGCACAAAAAACUCCUACAUUCAUCUUAUCGGCGAUUUCGACAACAAUGGUCACUGUAUUGUUGAUGACAGCCAUAACAUGAUUAUUCUUCACCCCGAUCAUCUGAUAUCAGCUACUGUUGUUGCUGAUGCGGUGACAUGUCAAAGACGCGCUGUCCUGCAAGACCGAAUCAAGGCAACUUCUGAUAUCAAUAGGCCACAGAUUUUUGGACAUAUCCUACACGAGGUCUUUCAGGAAGCUAUGAAGGCCAACCAAUGGGAUCUGUCAUGGAUACAAACGAUGGUAGAGCGGGUCCUUGUCCGAUACGUGGAGAGUCUAUAUGCCAUCCAUAUGUCCAUGAAUGAGGCCGUGGAGUAUGUGAUGAGCAAGGUACCCGAGCUGCAGGCUUGGGCUGAAGUUUUUCUUCGCUCUAGCCCGAGUGCAGAAUCGUUGGUCGAAGAUCGACAUGGCUCAAAGGCGAACUUGAGUAUAAACAAACUACUAGAAGUUGAGGAACAUGUGUGGUCACCCAUGUAUGGGUUGAAAGGAAACGUCGACGCAACUGUUCAAGUAGUCUACAACGACGAUACCGAUAACAACCAAAAGACAUUGACGAUACCUCUAGAAGUGAAGACAGGCAAAAAAGACACCAGCCAUAGUCACCGAGCCCAGACUGCGCUAUAUACACUUUUGCUGUCUGACCGAUACGGCAAGCCCUCUCAUCGUGCAGGGAACAGAACUCUAUUUGCUAACUUUUUUCUUCUUCUAGAUAUUGAGAUCACCUUUGGACUUCUUUACUACCUCGAGAUGAGAAAAAUGUUUCGAGUUAGGGGCAUUCGCCAUGAGCUCCUGCAAAUGAUCCAAGAACGAAAUCGCCUGGCGGGAUACGUCCGUGAGAAGACGGAGCUGCCGCCCAUGAUCAAGCGGCCCCAUAUGUGCAAGCAGUGUUACUCUAAGACGGCUUGCUUUGUCUACCAUAAGCUGGUUGACAACGGGGAUGGUGAGACGAGCGGCGUUGGAGACAAAUUUGAGGAGGUAGUUGGCCACCUCAACCCUCAACAUGCCGAGUUCUUUAAGAAGUGGGAUAGCCUCCUGACGAAAGAGGAAAAGGACAUGAUGAAGUUUCGACGCGAACUGUGGACUAUGCUCAGCAAGGAGCGAGAGGCCCUCGGUCGUUGCUUCGGCGAAGUCAUACUCGAACCAGGCUAUUCUUACGAGGAUGAAAAUGCCCCAAAGAUAAAUCGAUAUCAGUAUACAUUCGUCAAGGCAAAACCGUUGCCGGGUUUUUCUUUUACCGAGUCUCAGAUUACCAUGGGUGAACCGAUAGUCAUAUCUGACGAAAAGGGCCAUUUUGCAUUGGCUAAUGGCUACGUUCUUAAAAUCAGCCAGAAGAGAAUCACAGUGGCAGUGGAUCGGCGAUUACACAAUGCACGAGUCAAAGGGAAGGGAUUCGAUCCUCAUGCAAACCAGAGUUUCAGAGGUAUAAUGGAACUCGAGAAUAACAACCCUUCAAGCUCGUCGGCUGUCGAUGACGGAGAAGAGCAAAUGAUUUAUCGACUUGAUAAAGACGAAUUCAGCAAUGGUAUGGCCACGGUGCGGAAUAACCUGGUGUGCAUGAUGGAGAAGGAUCUAUUCCAAGCUCAGCAAUUGAGGAAGCUUGUUGUUGAAGGGCAAGCGCCCAGUUUCAAGAUUCCAUCGUCUUCGUUUGAGCUGUCUUCAUCAGCAAAGUCCGGUCUCAAUGUUGAUCAAAAGCGAGCUAUUGACAAAGUCAUGAGCGCAAAGGACUAUGCUCUUGUUCUGGGGAUGCCUGGCACUGGAAAAACGACGACAAUAGCACAUAUCAUCCGUGCCUUAGUCUCUCAGGGAAAGAGUGUGCUAUUGACUUCCUAUACUCACACAGCAGUCGACAACAUCCUCCUUAAGAUCCGAGAUGACAAUAUCCGAAUUCUUCGCCUCGGUGCUACGUCAAAGAUACAUUCUGAGGUUCAGCAAUUCGCUGAUCUGGCCGCCGUUCCGAAGAAUACGAUCGAGGAGUUGAAAGAGUCGUACGAAGAAUCCACAGUUGUGGCUACAACAUGUCUGGGUGUCAACCACCAAAUCUUCAACCAACGUGUGUUUGACUAUUGUAUCGUUGAUGAAGCUUCUCAAAUCACACUACCAGUUUGCCUGGGGCCUAUUCGGAUGGCGAAGACGUUUAUUUUGGUUGGCGACCAUUAUCAGCUGCCACCUCUGGUUCAGAACAAGGAAGCCCAGCAGGGUGGGCUUGACGUGAGUCUGUUCAAGCUUCUAUCUGACGCUAAUCCAUCAUCUGUGACGAACCUGGAACACCAAUACCGGAUGUGCGAGGAUAUAAUGCUCCUUUCAAACAAUUUGAUCUAUUCCGGACGUCUCAAAUGCGGGAAUUCACAGGUUGCUUCACGCACUUUGGUCAUUCCAAAUUUGAAGGAAGGAUUGAAGAGCCACCAUGUCACAUCUCUCUCACAAAUGUCCUCUGGACGAUGCCUCGGCCCCAGUCACGGACGUUGCUGGAUCAAGGAUCUACUCGAUCCUUCAGCAAAGACCAGGCUGGUAAACACUGAUACUUUAUCUGGACUCGCCCCGGAGAUUGUAGCCGGUUCUCGCAUGACGAAUCCUAGCGAGGUAACACUGUGCGCACAGCUCGUCGACUCGUUGGUAUCGUCGGGCAUCUCGCCGCGAGAAAUCGGCGUGAUCACUUUUUACCGAAGCCAGCUGUCAUUGCUACGACACACGCUACGGCGCCACUCCCCCGAACUAGAAAUGCACACAGCGGACAAGUUCCAAGGCCGAGACAAGGAAAUCGUGAUUCUGAGCUGUGUGCGGAGCAACAAUGAUAAACAGGUUGGCGAGCUCCUGCGCGACUGGCGCCGCGUCAACGUGGCAUUUACUCGAGCCCGAACGAAACUGCUAGUCAUUGGCAGCAAGUCCACGCUUCGAGACGGUGAUGAGCUACUACGCAAAUACGUGGCGCUGAUGGAGAAACAGCAAUGGGUAUACAAUCUCCCCAAGGACGCGCUGGAAGAUCACGUAUUCGAGUCCAGUGACGACCAGGCACUGUCGCCCACACAACGGCGAACAAAACCAGCAGCAGCAACUUCACCACGAUCCAUGGACUUGACUCCCAGUAAAAAUAAUCCCAAACGAAAACGCCAGUCGCCGACUACUACAACUACUACAUCGCUGAGUCCAUCGGAUGGAAACAGGGUCAAAAAGGCUAAGCUCAAGACACCGGAAAAGAGAGGCAGUCGAGGCUUCAAUACAGACAAAAUUUUGCAUGCACGACCUAUAUUGAAUGACCUAGUGAAUGAAUUUCUUGAAUAA